CAUACAGGAAGCAUGUCCUGAUAAAGCAGAUAUUAUCCUUUUUUUUUUUUUUUUAGUGAAUGGUUAUUCUAAGGCUCUCAGAGUAUCUUACCAGAGCAAUCAACUUUGCAGGCAAAGCAUGAUGCACCUACCAGAGAUUCUGCCAUCCCUGUUUCACAGGUACUGGCAACACCUGGCUAAGUCAAUAGUCUGCUAAGAGGCUCUGCAGGAUGAUGUGCUGCUUUUUGUGGCAGCCACACUGGGAAAGGAGGAUUCCUCCUCCCUGAACUACUUGGUUCAUGGAUGGAGCUGCACACUGCGAACCACCCGAGAUGCCUCUCAGUGAUGUGCUUGGGGCACACAGCUAGCACUGGUUAGCUCCAGCUUAACUGGAGAUGGGCACAGUGUCCUUAUAUUUGUCCUGUUCUCAGCGUUUUCCUUGAAAUAAAGUGUUCAAGGCCAGGUCAGAUGGGGCUUGGAGCAACCUCGUCUAGGGGAAGGUGUCCCUGCCCCUGGCAAGGGUUUGGAAUGAGAUUAUCUUUAAGGUCCCUUCCAACCCAAACCAUUUUAUGAUUCUGUGAUCUUUGGCAUUGAAGUUUUGCUCCGGUGCAAUUAAUCCUUUGAAUCCUAUCUCACAUCUGCAUCAGAGCUUCCCUGGCUGCCCCUGUGAAAUCCCAUCCAGAAGACAUGUAUAGUCCCAAACAGAUGUUUCACUGCUCAGCCUCAGCCUGACAGCAAUCAGAUGGGAGCUCAGAAAUGCAUCCUCCAGGAAACAAGAGCUGCUCUUGCUGGGGGAGGCAGUUCCAGCUGGGACAUCCCACCACACUGCAAAUUGUGCUGUCAUUCCUCUUCAUUUCAAGCAGGAUCAUUUAGAAAGUGCCAUCAGAGUAGGGAAGGCUUUUCCAGUGCCCUUGUGAUCUUUGCAGUGCCAGGGAAGGGGCAGAGGAACAGGCCAGCAAGAGGUCUCACAAGCUGCACAACCAAAUGCUCUGGUUUUGGGAAAGGUGCAGAGAAGACAUCUGGUCCCAGAGUAAUCUCAGAGUAGAAGGAUAGAGAUGCUGCCUAUGGUGAAGAGGUGACUGUAAUGGGUAGAUGGUGACCUCGAAGCCCCAGAAGGUUCCUUUUCAUCCCAAUUUUCUACAUGGCUUGAUUUAUGUAUCUAUGUCUUAAUUACAAAAAAAUCAUUUCCCCAAGUGCUGUGUGGAAGCUGGGCAUGAUGGUAUAAUCCACAUUUUCCUAACCAAAACCAGGUGGAGAAGCCUGAUCAGAGGACACAGAGUACCUGUGGCUCCUGGGACAUCACAGGCACCUCUGCAGCUCCACAGUGACCACCUGGUUCCAGUCCUGCCUUGGGCUGUUUGUAGGAAAGGUGUCCAACAGCUCCUCCCAUAUGGGAGACCCCACAUCCCUCCUGCAGCCCUUGCAAGCCCAGUGUCCCCCAGGCAGUAGUGAAGCCAUGGGUGGCCUCCACUUGCAUCCCUGGGGUGGAGUGGUGUGGCUCAGGGACAAGCCUCGGUGCACCAGCACAGCAGCUCCUGUUCCACCCAUGAUAACCCCCCAAAAAUAGCGUCAGGAUGCAGGUAAGUGGCUGAGCUGGACUCAGCGUGAUGCACAUGGAAAUAAAAACAGUUUCCCACUGGUUAGAGUUGGCUCUUGUGCCCAGUAAUCCUCUCCUUUUCCAGAGAACCAUGAAUGGCUUCAGGAGAAACCUCUUCAGCAAGGCUGUGAGUGUUUGAUGUUUUGUCUCCCCUGACAACACUGGCACUGGUUAAUGGGCAAUAUCUUUUUACUUCUUGGAGACACUUUCAUUGUCUUGGCCAGGAAGCAAAGUGCAGAUAAGAUGUUGAUUUGUGUUCUGCUUCCUCCUCGGAUCUGUCUUCACUACUCUUGGGAAGAGCUUGUCUGACCUCGGUGUUUUAAUUUUGCUUAUCUUUUUUGAUCCCUUCAGUGUCUUUGACCUGAAAUGCCUGGUUACAGAAUAACUAAACAUGAAGGGUUGUUUUUUUUUUUUCCCUUCCAUGUACAAAAGCAGAGUUCAAAUGCAGCAGGAAAGCUAGAUUUUUUGUGUGUGUGUGUGUGAAACAAUCAGAUAAUUGCUUUCAUUUUGAAAAAAAUUUAUAUCAAGAUAAAUCUUCAGUUAAAAUACACGUACACUGUGUCCAAGGCAUAAUACUGAAUAACAGGCAUAAUCUGUUUGAACUGUGCAGUAGUAUCAGAGCCAAGGAUGAAUCACUUGGGAGAAAGUGUACUUGGGGGAAUUUAAGUCCACCUUAUAAACUCACUACAAAUGUAACAUUAAUUACUUCAUGUGUAAGUCUGGCAAAAGUUCAGCAUGGAGUUACAAUAUUUCCAGGAGCCUUAACUACUGCCAGAAGUGAGAAUUCAUCUCCAGGGUUUAAGUCCUGGAGGAGCAGCAGGUGAAGCUUCACACAUGGUGCUGAGGACACAUUCAGUGCCUGGAUCUGAUACCUGGAAAUGAACACCGAGCAGCAGCUGGAUUCUGGGUUCAGACUCCCAGCUUUCGGGUGGCAUUUGGGCCAUCCAGACACACAGGUACAUGCCUGGCCUUUCUGAAGUGCUGGUAAUAAAUCCAGGGCUUUGCCCAAGACCUCAGAGAACUGGUAUUCGCUGUCACCACACAGGACGUCUCCUUCCAGCCUUCCAGCCAGCGACUGUGCAGCACCCCUGGAAGCCAUGAGUAUUUUCCAGCAUCUGAGGUAUUAUGUGGUCAAAUUUUUCAGCAUCUGAUAUAAGGGCUGAAAUUACACGCUGUGCAGAACACUGCUUCCUCUCUUUAAGGGCCUGAUACCCAUAAAUGUCUGUAAUCACUUGGUUACUGUGCAACAACUAAUUGUCCCCUGUUUAUGAUAAGUCACACUGCUCACCUGCCCUUCUUCCCCAUCUUCUUUCCAAGAUGAACCAUGCUGGGAGCUUUACUCUCUUCUCAAGCAGAAGCCAUCCCUUCAUCCUUGCUACCCUCUUGUUUAUAUUUUUUAACUAUAUCCUUUCAUUUAUGCACUGAGAUGAGGCAGCUGGAAUUGAGGAAUUGAAGACUGUCCUGUACACAACCGAGCUGAGGAUUUUUAUGGGAUUUCCAAAGUAAUAGAAAAUUAUAAAUUCUUUUGAGCAAUUGAUUUUUACAUAUUGAUUAGGAAAUUACCUCUGUAUUUGGUAGCAUAUUCUCCUUUUCUCAGUGUGCAGGAACGGAAGAACCUCCGUUAGGAUGGCCUGGCUCAUUUUUUUCCUAACAUGUAACAGCCUUUUCUCAUUAUUUUUCCUGGGUUUCUACCACUGAAAAUGGUGGCAUCUUCAAUGUUUGAGAGAAGAAAACCAUAAUGAUGGGCAUACAGACAUGAAAAAGGGAAUGAAUAUGCACAGCAUUGCUUAGUGUGGCACAAAAUUUCACUUUCCUUUUUGAUCCUUCUCUCGUGUAUCCAACAUAAAAUUCUACUAUUCCUUUUCCAAGUAAUUUACAUGUUUUCACUGGCAUAUAGGAAAUGUUUCCAGAUUCUCACACUCCCUGAUGCAGAAAUUCCUAGUGGCAAAGACUGUAGGAUAAACUGUGAUUUAGAUGUGCAAGGGAAUCUCUGUAUGUGAUUUACAUUAAUAGCUACACAAAUAAACCAUCUUCCCAUGCGGGGAAAGAAUGUUCUUAGCAGAAUGAUAAAAUAUUUUCAUACUUAUGUUAUGGGAGAAGACAGUUCUUUAAGUGGUGAUUCUGACCCCAUAGUUUACAAGAAAACAUUCUUUGAGUUAUUGUCACUGUUAAAAUGAAGCUGUCCAUGGAGGCAGACAAUGAAAUCAGCUUUUCAAAUGCUGUCAGAGCAGUGGCUGCAGGGUCAACACCCCUUUCUGCCCACAAUGUUUUUCCAUGUUAUCUUUGCACUGAGGCAGCACAGACAAUUCAUGCUCAGGGUAACAGGGCUGUGGCCACAGUGACACUGCUUGGAAGCACCGACACUGGGGAGCUGGAGCUGUCAGAGCUGCACAGACCCCAAGGGCUGCCCUGACAGCCCCACCACCCCACACCAUGAUCACAGAACCACAGAGAUGUCAGGGUUGGAACCACAGAGAUGUCCAGUCCAACCUCCCUGCCAAGGCAGGGUCACCCAGAGCAGGUGACACAGGAACGUGUCCAGGUGGGUUCGGGAUGUCUGCAGAGGGAGACUCUGUGCCCUUCCUGGGCAGCCCGUUCCAGUGCUCUGCCACCCUCAACGUAAAGAAGUUCUUCCUCAUGUUGAGGUGGAACUUGUUGUGUUUUUGUUUAUGGCCAUUGCUCCUUGUCUUGUCACUGGGCACUAUCUAAAGGACUCUGAGACCAGUUGGUACCCACCUCUGAGAUAUUUAUAUGCAUUAAUGAGAUCCAUUCCCACCCCAUAACAUUCUAUGAUUCUACAAUUCUACAGUAUGAGGUUUGACAAGGGCAAGUGCCUGAUUCCGCACCUGAGACAGGGCAGUCCUGGCUGUGUGUAUAGACUGGGGAAUGAGAGGCUGGAGAGCAGUUGUGGGAAGAGACCUGGGGGUCCUGGUUGGUGGCCAGUUGGCCAUGAGUCAGCAGUGCCCUGGCAGCCAGGAGGGCCAACCAUGUCCUGGGGGGCAUGAGGAACAGCAUCGCUGGUGGAGUGAGGUGAUUUGUCUCGCUCUGCUCUGCGCUGGUACAGCCUCACCUCGAGUCCUAGGGGCAGCUUUGGGCACCAGAAAAUCAAAAAGACAUAUAAGCUAUUGGAGAGCAUCCAAAGGAGAGCCACAAGGAUGCCGAAGGGUCUGGAGGGGAAGCCACGUGAGGAGUGGCUGAGACCAUUUGGCUUGUUCAGCCUGGAGGAGACUGAGGGGCACCUCAUGGGGGUCUCCAGCACCCUCACAAGGGGCAGCGCAGGGGCAGGUACCGAUCUGUUCACCCUCGUGAACAGUAACAGGACCCGAGGGAACGGCAUGAAGCUGAGUCAGGGGGUGUUUAGGCUGGAUUUCAGGAAGAGGGUUUUCACCCAAAGGGUGGCCGGGCACUGGAACAGGCUCCCCAGGGCAGUGCUCAUAGCACCGAGCCCGAGUUCAAGAAGCGUUUGGACAACAUGAUGGGAUUGCUGCAGUGUCCUGCGCAGGGCCAGGAGUGGGACCCGAUGACGGUGUCGUGUCCCUCGCAGCCCGGGAUACUCCAUAAACGCACGGUGUACCGCCGCUGCCCGCGGCCACGCAGCGCUGAGGGGCGGCCCCGCCCCGGGGCGGGUCCCGUCGCGUCAUCGCUGCGCGCGGGGAUCCCCGCGAUGCGGGCCCGGCUGCUGCGCGCCUGGCGCGAGGGGCCGCCAUGGCGGGUGCUGUUCUUCGGCACAGACCGCUUCGCCGUCACCGCCCUGCGAGCGCUGCGGGCCGCCGGAGAGCCCAGCGAGGACCCGCUCGUGUCGCGGCUGGAGGUGGUGACCCUGCCGUCCCGCCUGCCCGGGGACCUGCCCGUGAGGAGCUGUGCCCGGGAGCUCCAGCUGCCUGUGCACGAGUGGCCGCACACGGGGCCCGCGGGGCAGUUCGAUGUGGGGGUGGUGGCAUCGUUCGGACGCCUCCUGAGUGAGGACCUGAUUCUGCAGUUCCCAUAUGGUGUUCUGAACAUCCAUCCCAGCUGUCUCCCACGAUGGCGUGGUCCUGCACCCGUAGUCCACACUGUGCUUCAUGGUGAUAGGGUGACUGGGGUGACAAUUAUGGAAAUAAGACCAAAAAGGUUUGAUGUAGGUCCAAUUAUUAAGCAAGAAGAGGUUGCUGUUCCUCCCCACUGUACAGCACAGGAGCUGGAAGGGAUGUUAGCAAAGAUGGGUACAAACAUGCUGUUGGCAGUUUUGAAAAACUUGCCUGAAAGCUUAAAAAACAAAAAAGAGCAGCCAAAAGAAGGAGUAACAUUUGCUCCUAAAAUCUCUAUAGCAAAGAGUUGUAUAAAAUGGGAGGAGCAAACAGCUAAACAAAUAAUUCAACUGCAUCGUGCAAUAGGAAGUAUGUUUCCUUUGCAGACGCUCUGGAAGGGCACUACUGUUAAACUUGUGGAUUUUGUGGAAGUGGAUAAUAUCCCUGGUUUUGCUGAUCAAAUACUAAAUGACUGUGAAGCUGUUCCUGGUUCACUGCUGUUCCAUAAAGUGUCCCAAACACUGAUAGUUCGAUGCAAGGAAGGCUGGGUUGGAAUCAAAACAGUCAUAUUAAAGAAGAAGCUUACAGCAGUUGACUUCUACAACGGAUAUAUGCACUUUUGGUUCCAACAGAAUCCACGGACAGUUCAUCAGGAAUGCAGAUUUCAAACACUCAAACUUAGCACGGCAAAAAAGACUCUGAAAGAGAGGGGACUAUUGGCACAGGAUAUAAAACAAUAGAUGUAUUUUAAAAUGUCUGUAAGUUAAUAGAAAUAUAAAAUAUUUCAAAGCCCACCUAUAACAUUCAGCUUAAUUAAGGGUUUCCUCCCAAAGUGUUUGAUCCUACUGUCAUCUGCAUAUUUUCAUCGUGGGUUCCUGAUUCCUCCUCUUUCCCCAUGAAGGAGGAGAGUCUCUGAAUGCUGAAGGUGGUAAAUAAAAUCCCCAUUUCCACUGUUGAGAAAUAAAUUUAUUUUUAUACAACGUU